GCUUCUUCGCCGACGAAACUAAACUCAACCAACAUGGCGUCCGUGCGAUCGACAGCUGCCCUCCUCGUCCUCCUUGCCUUCGUCUGCGUCGCCGUCGCGCAGCCAACCUUCCUCCUGAAGAAGCCCUCCUACGGCUACGGCUUCGGCUACGGCGUCGGCUACGGGUCCUACCCAUCCUACGGCUCCUACGGCUACGGAUCCUACGGUUACAAGCCCUACGGACAAACCUACGGUUACGCAUACAAGCAGCCUUCUUAUCACUACUGGUAAAUCUUUCUCUAAUGCAGAAAGAUAAAGUUUUAGUACAAACAAAAAACUAUUCCUGAACGAUGUUAUCUGCGACUGUCUUUGUUUUGUGAUUGUUCUAUGUUUGUAAUAUCAACUUUGUGGCAUUUGUAGGAAACGGUGGAUAAUAUUAUUUAUACUGUACACCAUUUCAUUAUCAGAUAGCUACUCCUGUUUCGAAAUUGAGAUGUAAAUCAGAAUAUUUAUUUACCAAAUUUAUUUAUCAACAUGUCAACAUCUCUUUUACAAUAAAG